AUGGGUGCCGUUAUUAUAAUUCAAAUAGGUCUUGCUUUACCGCAGAUGCCUGACAUCGCCGCAACCCUUGUCUAUCGCAUCACCACGACCUAUCCUGCCAUCGUAUUCACUAGCAUCGGCAUAGAAUUAAUUCUUGUUCACUUGUUCAUCUGCAUUCGGUGGUGGGACGCUCUCCGAAUAUAUGUUCAGCGCGACGAUAAGACGUCAAACGCACCGUGGCUUCUGAAGAUUCUGGGGAUAUAUCGAGUUCCUACAUCAAGAAUCCAAACAAACCUAUCUCGAGAAAUCUUCACCUUUUCGAAAGCGAUGAGGACAGGAACAUCGGCCAUGGAGAGAAAGAUCCCGGGCGGACCAUCGGAAAUGCAACAUCUGACGCAGGUUUGGUCCGAGGAACCCGAAAGUAUGAAUACAGGGAAUGCCGGCGCUCGAGGCGGGUCUGUGGCCGACGAUCAGUCAGAGCCCACACCUGCCGCAGAUACAAUCUCACAGUCAAGUGGAGUCGAUCCGCUUUCUAGAUCCGGGACCAACAUGCCGUCAAAUCAGAGAGUCGGCGAUGCAAUCCCGACAGGGAAGGCAAUUACUGACAAUCAGACUCCGCUCCCGACAGACGGCGCAUGA